CCAACUGUUGGUCUCCAUUCUCAGUCAUUUUUCGAUAGCAUUUAACAUCAGAAGCAAGUUUCGGUACAAAUAAAAUGAUUCGAAAGUUAUUCACUCAUUUCACAAUAAUCACUUUAUUUUUCAACUAUUUCACUGCGAUUGGUUUCGUUACAUCGGAAGAAUCAAAGUGUGACCCAUUUCCGUUCGGUACAAAUAUUUUGAAUGUGGUUGUGGCGGCAUUCAUCGGCUCGAUAUUGCCAAACUUUUGCCCAUGCAGUUAUCCAUGUACAGCAGAAACGGUGAAGGAACACGUUCAAUUUUUCUAUAUAAAGAGCAACAUGGAGUAUUACUAUCAACUGGAUCUAAAUAAUACCGACGACAGAAAUAUGGUGAUUCAAGAAGAUGAUAUUAAGUUUCUCAUUCACGGCUACACCGACAAAGUGCAAUUCAACAAAACAGGUUGGAUGGAACCAACGGGAGUAGCAUUGGCAAAUGCCACAAAUGGCAUCGUUAUUUUGGUUGACUAUCAGAAUGUAUCGAGCUGCAGUUACGGUCGAAGUGUUGAUGAAAUUGUUCCAUCCAUUGGAUCAUAUUUGGCACGAGUAAUACAAGAGUUGGAGCUAGAUACCGACAUUAUCGAAUUGAUUGGUCAUAGUCUCGGUGCGCACAUCGCAGGCUAUGCCGGAGCAACAUUGAACGGUACUCUUAGUCGCAUAACCGGAUUGGAUCCAGCCGGCCCGGGCUUCGACUCCACCAAAAAUGGAUUGAACAAAACUUGUGCCCGUUUCGUGCAAGUGCUGCACACAAAUCCAGGCGAGUUAGGCACCAAUGAACAACGUGGUGAUUUGAAUUUUUAUGCCAAUAAUAAAACAACAACACAGCCGGGUUGUCCGUUCAAGCAAUGCGGUCAUGCGAAAGCAAUAUUUUACUACUUCGCCUCAUUGUUUCCGCAGAAUGAAUUCAUCGGUGUAAAUUGUGAAGAUCAAGAUUCUCGCGAAGCUGAUACACUCAUAUCCCGUUUUGGAUAUUUUACCGAUGACAUCGAAGGGAAUUUCUGCUUCAAUACCACUUCAUGCUUUCCAUUCACUGCCGAACCAUUAAUCACAUCCACUGAAAUGACGAGCACAGAAUCAAGUGAUACACCAACAACAGCAAUAGCGACACAGGAAAUACCCAUUUCGACCGAAAUGCUAAAAUCACGCAGAAGAACCAAAAAAUUCAAAGAUGGACGGGUGAUAAUAUCGAAAAGAGAUAAAAUUUGCCAGCAAAAUUGCAAAGGCAAUUGUGACAAUAAGUGCGAAAGUUGA